GCCUGGGGGCGGGUCGGGCCGCGGUACUUGAGCUAGAGGCGGGGCCUCGCCGCCUUGCCUUGCUCUGCGCUGCUCUGCCCAAGCCUAUCCUGCCUUGCCUUGCUUCAGUCGCUUGCCAUGGAGGAGCAGAAAGAGACUCUGCAGAGGAUCAUCUCUACCCUUGCAAACAAAAUUGAUGAAAUUCACAGCUUUGUUGACAUGCUGAACCAAACAAUAAAAAAUGUUCAGAUAAACUCUUCUAGUGUGAUCAGUGAACUGGAUGAUGAAUUUGAUGGUCUGUAUUCUAUAUUGGAUGAGAUGAGAGGGAGUAUGGCCAGCACUAUUCAGCAAGAAAAGGCACGUAAAAUUCAAGCUCUUCAGAAUCAGCUUAGCCAAUGUAGUAAAGCCCUGGAGAGUUCUGAAGAGCUUCUGGAACUUGCUGCACAGUCACUGGACAUAAAGGACCCUGUGAAAUUCUCAGAGGCUGCCAGACAGAUCAAAGAUAGAGUCACAAUGGCUUCAGCAUUUCGCAUCUCUCUGAAACCAGAGGUCAGUGACAGUAUGACUCAUUUGAUGGUGGACUUCACUCGGGAAAGGCAUGCACUCCAGACUGUUAAGUUUUUGCCAGUUCCUAAAGCGCCAGUGAUUGAUUUGGCAGCAUGUCUGGUUGUUGAUAACUGUAUAACAGUAUCAUGGAGAAUGCCUGAAGAAGACAGCAGAGUUGAUCACUUUGUACUGGAAUACAGGAAAACCAACUUCGAUGGGCUUGCUCGUGUAAAAGAUGAACAUUCUUGGGAAGUGAUAGACUAUAUUAAAGCUACUGAAUAUACACUGUCAGGUCUGAAGUUUGAUACAAAAUAUAUCAAUGUUAGAGUACAAGCUUGCAACAAAGCUGUGGCAGGUGAAUACUCAGAUCCUGUGACUCUGGAAACAGAAGCAUUUGUAUUUGAUUUGGAUAAUACUUCAUCUCAUCUAAACUUAAAAGUUGAAGAUUCCUAUGUUGAAUGGGAGCCUACAGGAGGAAAAGGCCAAGAAAAAGUAAAAGGGAAAGAAAAUAAAAGCAGUGGCAAGAAUACUGCGCUGAAGAGCAGUAAAAGAAGUGGUACAUCUCCAAAGCGGACAUCUAUUGGUGGAAAGGCCACAGCGAAGGGCAACAGAGAUCGUUUUGCUGGCGAAUCAUACACCGUGUUGGGCAACAAUGCUAUUGAAAGCGGACAGCACUACUGGGAAGUGAGAGCACAGAAGGACUGCAAAUCCUACAGUGUGGGUGUGGCCUAUAAAACCCUGGGGAAAUACGAUCAGCUGGGAAAGACUAACAUAAGCUGGUGCAUCCAUGUCAACAACUGGCUGCAAAACACACUUGCAGCGAAACAUAAUAAUAAGUCCAAGACGCUGGAUAUACCUGUUCCAGACAGAUUAGGAGUAUACUGCAACUUUGAUGGAGGUCAGCUUACGUUUUACAAUGCAGUCUCAAAGGUGCCACUAUAUACCUUCAGAAUAAAGUUUACACAGCCGUUGUUACCAGCCUUCAUGAUCAGGUGUGGUGGUCUUUCAGUGAGUACUGGUUUGCAGGUGCCAAGUGCAGUGAAAACACUCCAGAAAAGUGAAAAUGGGUUGAGCGGAUCAACUGGUAGUCUAAACAAUAUUGCCCAGUAAUGUCUAUUGAACACUACUGUUGUUGACUGUUUUUUCAGUGCAGCUGCUAUGCACAGAAACUUGAGAAUUUGUUUGAAAAGCAGGUGGGAAAAUCAAGAACUGGAGCUAUGUACUUUUCUAUUACUGUACUUAAGCAUUUUGUUAUGGACUUGAAUCUUAAUUAUGUUACAAAUAUUUUUCUAUGAAGAAUAUAACAAAUAGUAUUUUCUUAGCUCUCCUUGAAAGAAUUAUUUGACUAUAUAUUAAUACUAAUGGUGUUCCCAUACAAACAUGAGAUAACAAGUAAGCAUUUCAAAAGAAUACCUAUUCAUGUAAGAGAUUGUAAGGAAGAAGAAAUAGAGUAAUCCGUGCUUUGUUUCUGAUUUAAAAAAGUGAAUAAAUCAAAAACCAAGUCUACUUUGGGAUUGGUAUUCAUACAUUUUCUUUCACAGAUCAUGUAAAAUGGUGGGUUUUUUAAUCUUUUUUACCUGGAAGUUUAAUAGUAGUCAAAUGAUUUAUUAGUGGGAGAGCUUCAAACAAACAAACAAAGAAACCAAACAGCAGCAACAAAAAAGGCAUGUUAUAUUCUUUAUGGAAAGAGUUAACCUUUCAAUGAGAAUUAUUUGUAUAUCAUUAACUGUUUAAAAAUCUGCUUGCUUCCCUCAAGUCAAGUCCAAGAGCUUAGAAAUAAUUUUUUCAGAUAUAUAUUAGGGCUGCUCUAAAAGUAAUGCCUCCCAGUUUAUUAUGUUGGCCCAUAGUGUCAGAAGAGGUGGUGUAAUCAUAGAGGUUAAACCUAGGAAGGAAUAACCACAUGUGUCAGUAUAUAUUUGGGCCUGCUGGAAAGGAGAAAGGAGCUCUUCAGAAAAUGCCCUGGGUAUCCUGGUGGACAGCAGGUUGGACGUGAGAUAGUGGUGUGCCUUUGUGGCAAAAAAA